UUGGCACCGAGCUGCCGCCCAUAUCAUCGCGAGACCAGCUCGCCGAAAUGGCCGCGUCCACCCAAGGGCAUUUUGAGUCACUGGACCUUGCAGAAUAUGCUAAGAAGCAGCCAUGGUGGCGCAAGCUGUUCGGGCCAGAAACUGGGCCCUCAGCUGAAAAGUACAGCGUCGCAACACAGCUGUUGAUCGGAGGGGUCAUUGGCUGGUGCACAGGUUUCAUCUUCCAGAAGGUUGGAAAGUUGGCUGCAACAGCGGUGGGAGGAGGAUUUUUUCUCCUUCAGAUUGCAAACCAUACUGGCUACAUCAAAACUGACUGGCAACGAGUAGAGAAGGACAUGAAGAAGGCCAAGGAACAGCUGAAGAUCCGCAAGAGCAACCACUUACCCACAGAGGUGAAAAGCAAAGCCGAGGAGAUGGCGUCCUUUUUGAAGAAGAACGUUCUAGUGGCUGGUGGAUUUUUCGGAGGUUUUCUGCUUGGCAUGGCAUCCUAAGGAGGACUUCCCGGUUUCCGUUAUUUCCGGUUUCUGUACCUAGAUCAGCCUCUACACUCCAUCAUAGGACAUUGAGUCUCCUCUUCCUCUUCUCCUGUGCCUUCCUCCCUGCUGUAGCAUAUCUGAAUGGCUUCUAUUGGCAUCUGUUGAUACGAACUGAUAAUGACUCUACUGUGAGCCUCAAGACAACAUCGGAAGAGACAAUAGAUUACCUAUCCUCCCAGAACACUCCCCACUUGACUGAGCUAGAGCAUAGGGAUGUUCCUUUCCCCCCCACAUCAGAUUACUUGCUAGCACACAAUGCGAUAUAGCUCACUGCGGAGGAUAAGUGGAUACUCAAAGGUGCCCAACUUGAAUUAGAACAGGAAUAACCAGCACAUAGAUAACCUUAGAACGUGCGGCAUGGAAAGGAACUGAAUACAUUUGCCUUUGAGCGUGAAA